CAGUGCUCCACAGUAGACUAAGCCCGCAAUUUUCGACUUCCUGAUAGAGAGUGGGGCACAUUGAGCCAUGCAACUGACAAAGGAGAAAGAAAGUGGAGCUGGCGGGGUGGUAACAUGGAGGAAGAUUAGACCGAACUGAUGCAUCUUCCUGAUACUUCAAGCCUGUCUUUGCACUCUUCUUCCUGUCAUGAGCUGACUCGGAACUGCUAGGAUCCUUCAAUCCCCAGCAGCAAAACAUCCACCAUGUCGUCGGUUCCUCCACCAGUCAAUUCCGAGGCGAGGAUGUUUGGUGCAGAAGACCUUAUUACUGCCUACAGCAAGACCACCGGCCAAGACUUGCCCGUCCAAGAACUGCCUCUUCCGUCUGAAUUCGCCUGGGGUACUGCGACAGCAGCAUACCAAGUCGAAGGAGGUGCGUUCCGGGACGGAAAAGGCGAUUCUAUCUGGGAUACGUAUUCCCAUCUUGAGCCAUCGCGGACGAAUGGAGAGAAUGCUGAUGUUACCUGCAAUCACUACGAGCUGAUGUUGGAGGAUGUCGACUUGAUGUCGCAGUUCGAUGUCGAUGUUUACCGAUUUUCCAUCUCUUGGUCGCGCAUUAUUCCUCUCGGGGGUCGCAAUGACCCCAUUAACGAAAAGGGCAUCGCUUUCUACGAUUCUCUCAUCAACAAACUCAUUGAGCGCAACAUCGAACCGGUUGUGACUUUGUAUCAUUGGGAUACUCCUCAGCGCAUCUACGAUCGAUACGGCGCAUUCUUGAACACAACAGAAUUUGAAGCAGACUUCAAACACUACGCCCACCUUUGUUUCACCCGUUUUGGUGAUCGAGUUAAGAAAUGGAUUACGUUUAACGAGCCGUACAUAACCUCCAUCUUUGCACAUCUUAAUGGUACGCUCGCCCCUGGCCACUGUCGAGAGAAAGGUACAGAUACAAAAACAGAGCCCUGGCGAGUGGGACAUACUAUCAUCCUAUCGCACGCCUCCGUUGUAGAGAUGUAUGCAUCGACAUUCCAGCCAUUACAGAAGGGCUCGAUUUCAAUUGUUCUCAACGGCCAUUUCUACGAACCACACGACGCUAAUAGUCAACAAGACAUUGAUGCCGCCCAAAGAAGAAUGGAAUUCUAUAUCGGAUGGUUUGGCGACCCCGUUUUCUUGGGACAAGACUACCCGGCCGCAAUGCGAGAGUAUCUCGGCGAUCGACUGCCUGGUUUCAGCGCCGAAGAACGCGAACUACUCCGCCGUACUUGCAAGAUCAACGCCUUCUAUGGCAUGAAUCACUACUCUACCAAAUAUGCACGCCAACUGACAGAUCCUCCGGCGUACGAUGAUUGGACCAGCAACGUCGAGGAGUCGGCGAUCAACAGCGAAGGCGUGGAGAUUGGUCCGCCUUCUGCUGCGCAGUGGCUUCGUGUAGCACCGGAGGGCUUUCGCAAACUUCUCAACUGGGUAUGGAAGCGGUAUCGGUUGCCAAUAAUUGUUACAGAAAAUGGAUGCCCUUGCAUUGGUGAGAAAGAUGUUGAAGUCGCUGUCAAUGAUCAGUUCCGACAGAGAUAUGUUGGACUGUAUCUUGAUUCAAUAUCCCGUGCAAUCAAUGAAGAUGGCGUCAAGGUCGAGGGAUGGUACGUAUGGAGCUUCUUAGAUAAUUACGAAUGGGCCGCAGGUUACGGACCGAGGUACGGGAUUGUUCAUAUUGAUUUCGAUACACUCAAGAGAACCCCAAAGAACUCGGCGUGGUAUCUCAAACGUAGUCUCAAGACAAGACGGGGUAGAUCUGCUUAGUUUCUCACAUAUCUCUAUUCAGUUCUAAGUAAUGAACAC